GAAAGAUCUGCCGCCCAUUGUCCAUUGGCAUUCCCUCUCUGCUGCCACCGAAGCAAUGCGAAUGGUGCCUUUUACAACGUGAGGGCCGCCCAAAACCUACCGAUUCGCCUGAUCUCCAUCCUCCCUGUAUAUGACCUCAAUUGUGCGCAUGAGCCACUGCACCACCGCCCGCGGAAAAACUUCGGCAGUCACAUUGCAACUAUCGCAUUGAACCCGGCUGAACCAUCCCCAUGGCCUCUCCCUACCAGUCGUCAAUCUCGUUCUCGCCGUCGGUUUCCGGCGCCGAUGUGACGGCUGCCGGCGCGGCGGGCGCAGGCCCCUCACGGCCCAUCUCCGAACUUCCGCAAUCUCAAGUCGACGCGAUCAUCCGGACCAAACGAAAGGCGCGGGAGCCCAAGGCCUGUUACCCCUGCCAUGCGCGAAAAGUCAAGUGCGACCGCAACCUUCCAUGCGAUGGAUGCGUCAAGCGAGACCACGCCGAUCUCUGUUCCUACGAGCGUCCCUCCAAGAAACGAAUCAUGACGGGCUCCGUCCCGCCGCCAGCCGGAACGACGUAUAGCGACAGCCCCGUGGGGGGAGCGACGCCCGGUGGUGUGCCAGAGCAACUUGGAAUGCCAGCACAGCCGGAUGGUGGCGUCCGUCUGAAACAAGAACCUGGUACAACGCGAUCCGCGCCUUCCGUGCCGUUGGGGCCCAGCGGCCGCGUGUCGGUGGCGCGCGAGGAGUGGGAUAAUGUGCGCACGCGGUUGAAGGAGAUGGAGCAGACGAUUAGCAACCUUCGCGUGGGACUGGAACGGGCCGAGGAAGGACAAGCGUCGAGUCUGGAGACCGGCAGCGUACAGAGCGCGGAUGCAAGUAACCGAUCCAAAGGCGCUUCCCCGGAGCGAGAGGGUAUCCACGCGGCCAAUACCCUGGGCGAGGGCACCGUUCAUCUGGGGUCGCGGUCCGUCCUUGCAUACAUUCUCAACAACAAGUCUGGGUCCGACCAGUUACAAGCGCUUCUGGAAGGGGGGAUCUUGCCAAAAUUAGGACUCGAUAAUGAGUCGGCAACUUACCCGUUUGUCGAUUUGUGGUCUUCAGAUAUGUCGACUUUUGACCUCAGUGCCGUUUGCAGUGCGCUUCCCGGUGAUCAACAGUGUAAAGAGUUCUUCUAUUUUUACCGAGACAUCGCCGGGGCCAUCUAUCCUGUGAUCGAGGACACGGCACUUUUCGAAAUGCAUCUCAAUGUUAUGCUGCAAAAUCGCGCGUCAAUUGGUGGAACCUAUAGGGCCGAUGAUGAUCAAGCACAGAAGCCGUUUGGCGUCUCGAUCGCAUUCUUUGGUCUGCUGUUUGCCGUGCUCGCGUCGGGCUGUCAGUCUUCUGAUCUGCCUGGAAAGGAGCGGGAGUUGACUUCCCAGGUCUACGUGUGCUGCUCUUAUCAAUGUCUUCGAAUGACGAACUUUUUGUCGCAGCCGACAAUAGAAGCCAUCCAAACGCUCCUGGUCAUUGGGAAUGUACUGUCCUAUAAUAUGAACCCCGGAAUUUCUUAUGUCCUGCUUGGUAUGACUCUUCGAAUGGGCUUGGCUCUGGGUCUUCACGUCGAGACGAGUCGCUUCUCGCCGGUGGAGCGAUACCGCCGACGACAUGUUUGGUGGUCCAUGGCGUGGCAAGACAGCCACUUCUCUCUAUCUUAUGAUCGACCAUCCACGACCGCUGUCAGUCAACCGGAUAUCGCCUCUCGUGGAGACUCGCGACCCGGAGAUCUCUCGUAUUUCGAAACCCUCUGUCGGAUCAUCGCUCUCGCCUUAGAAGUUGUCCGUGGGCGGAUGUUAAACUCUCACUCCCAGAUGGGCUUCAAGACCAUCCAGACAUACAAAGAACGGAUACAACAGAUCAUGGUGGAAGCGAAACCCUAUUUGCGCGACCCCAAAUACUGUGUCACACCAACGGAACAUCUCGAACGUGUCGUACUAAAGCUGCACUCCUCCUACUUCUCCUCCGAGCUCUGCCGGCCAGCGCUCAAAGCUUCCCCUGAUGCGCACGACCCGGCUAGUUCCAGUAUGCGCUCCGACUGCGUCAGCAACCUGAUGACGACGGUCGAAGCCUAUAUCGAGAUGCAUUCCGUCAGUUCGCAUGCGUCGCGCUCCUGGAUUGCGCUGCAGCGAGCCAUCAGCUCGAUCUUCUUGCUGGCUGUCACGGAAGAAUCCAAGACCAACCCCCGGUUUUGGUCUCUCCUGCAACAGAUCAAAAUGAUCAUUGCUGAGCGCGCCAACACAGAAUCAGUCGACUCGGCCCCUUCAUCCGAUAACAAUGUCACGGCCUUUGGCACCACCGUCUCUGGCGCCCCGACUAGCGCGGGCACCAGUCCCGCCGCCUUCUCUGCCUCUCCUGCUUCGGCUGCUGUCGCCGUUGAGACACAAACCCAGUGGGCCAAACCCUUGACCAAGACCCUACGGGCUCUCGAGAAACUAGAAGCGGCGUUCAGUUCGCAGACCCAUGUAGCCGCCAGCCAUGGGUCACCAGCAUACCUGAACCCCGGCUCAGCCGGCAUGAGCUCUCUCGCUCCUCCAGUUCCCGCCGCCAUGACACCCAGCAUUGGAUCCCUACCCCCUCCAACGCCCGAGAGCUCGACGAGUGGCGAAUGGUCUAUCCCCAAUAUCAUGGACCGGGCCGCCGAAUAUAUCCAUCCACCUUUGUGGAGUUAGUGGGACCGUUAGGCGCAUAUGGACGGACGGCAUGGCAUCUCUUUCUUGUUUUCUUCUAAUGACUUCUAUGGUAGGAUGGGUUGGGUUCGGUCUGGUUUGGUAUGGUCUGGUCAAUGGCAGGAUUCCGGCUCUCCUUGGAGUACAGUAUAUAUAUCAUUGUUUGAAUAUUAAUCAUCUACAUUGC